GACAAACAAGUUCGUGAGUGUGUACAAGAUAACGCGACUACAUUUAUUCAAAAUUUAAACAAGCAAACAAUAAUCAACAAUUCAAAUUUUAAAAUUGUUUCAAGGAAAUAAUAAUUUUCAAAAUAAAAAAGCAAAAUAAUUUCCACUUGAAAAAAACUUGGUAUAAAAAAAUCAUUGCAAAUCCAUGGAUAAAAUAGCGAUUGCAGCGUUUGUUGUUGAAGCGCAUCUGCAGGAAAUCGUAAUUGACGUAAGCCGUAAUGCGUGACAGCAAAAGCAGUGGAUGGUUCAUUUUGGUGUGCUUAGUCAUAUUGGUGUGAGUGAGAGCGCGCGCGUGAACGGGAUAGAUAGAUGAGUUGUAUGAGUGUUUUCCUUUUUGAAAAAAACGUACCAUUCAAUCGUCAUUCGUCGACUGGAAACAGUGUGAUACUUCAAACAAUUAUGUGCAACAGAAGAAAUUGGCAAGCAACCAAACAUUGAAUAUUAGCCAGAAAAUUCCAUGAGUAGGUCUAGACAGUGGCAUGUGCGUGUGUAUCAUCCGGAAUUGUUGUUGAAUUAAGAAAGGAAGAAAAAAAAAACAAAUCGUCAUCAAAGGUUUGAGUGAAUCAAUCGGUUGAAGUGGAAAAAAGACAGAGCUCGAUAUUUGCUUGGUGCAUCGUGAAAUUGGCAUUGUAAGAAAGAAAAAAGUCGCAUAAAGAGAGACGAUAGGCGAUAAAGAGCGUUUAGCUUGUGUUCUCUAAGUCUAAAUCGAAAGGAACAAAGAAAAAAAAAAAGCUUACAAAAGUGCACAUCACAGAGCCGGCAUAAGCAACACUAGAGGUGACGAAAAUUUACGCAAAAAACCACACAACAACAACGUCGACACAAAGCGGGCGAUAGAGAGAAAAAAACACGAAGCAGCAAGUCAAAAUGGCACAAAUCGAUGACAGUAUCAUAUGGGCAAUUAAAAACGGUGAUUUGGAUCAGGUGAAAGAGCUCAUCGAACAGAACGGCUUUGAUGUGAACCAAGAGAUAACAACACGAUCUCCCAUUCAUUAUGCCGCUGACUACGGACAAUCGGAUGUGCUUCGGUAUUUGAUAAACAAAGGUGCCGACGUCAAUAUUGUUGAUAAGCAUGGCAUCAGUCCAAUAUUAGCAGCCGUUUGGGAAGGUCAUACGAAUUGUGUUCGGAUUUUGUUGGAAAAUGGAGCGGACAAAUGUGGCAAAGCACCCGAUGGUACAUCACUUGUGGAUGCCGCCGAAAAGCAGGAAAUUCGAGAUUUACUCGCUUAGAAUGUGUGUGUCUAAGCACCUUAGAUCAAUUUUCCUCCACCGGAAUGGGCGGCAUUCAAAACAACAACCCAGCAUUGUCAUUAUCAAUCCAGCAAUAAACAUCUAAACAACAAAACAUUUUAUCGGUCUUCGGUAAAGCAACAUAAAAAAAAGCAGAAAACUAAUUAAGUAGACGAUUGUUUUUCCUUCUGUUCAUUAAUUAACCCUAGCAAAAUUUCGUUCAUUUUAAAGGGAAACAACAGCAAAAAUCACACAUUCAGCGAAAAUAUACAAUUUUAUGGCUAAUUAUAUUCAAAACAACAACAACAACAACCAGAAAAUCAUUUUACUUGAAUAUUUUCAUGUUCACUUCUUAUUCGAUAUACGGCUCAAUAGCCAUUCGAACAGCCAACGACGCGCACAGCCAUGAAAAUAUGGGAAAAAAGAAGAAGAAAAGAAAAAUAUAAAACUAUAACGAUACAGCGACUAAUUAGCGUGUUAAUUGUAUGAGUUCACGUCAUUCAAACUGCAUUCGAACUACUUUCGCUAUCGUUGAGUGUUUGCGUGCGCUAUGGAGAGCUAACGAAAAGAAAAACACAGUUUUUUUUAAACAAGAUAUAUAAUCUUUCCAAGAAAAAAAAAAGCCGUUUAAAGUGAUUGCAUUUUUGUGAGCGAAACCAUGUUGCUGCUUUUUCGGUUGAUUCUAUUUCAACUCGUCAAUUUUUCAACGUCAAAUUCGACGUUCAUCAAUCAAUUUCGUUUUUUUAAUUUUAUGCUUGAGUUUUUCUUUCGUUUUGCUUCAUUUUCACCAUACAAUUUUCUUUUCUUCCCAUUUUUUUCGUUCUUCAAGUAAAAUGAAGCUAAUGAUUUUUAAUGAAAAAACAAAAACCUUCAAGUGAAUGGCAUUGAAAGAAAAAAAAUAUCUCAAUUUAGAUUUGAUUUAACUUGAUAUAUUUAUUAGAAUUUAUUGACAAUUUUGCAAAAAGAAUUUUUUUUUUAAGGAGAUAAUAGUUCAUUUUUCCGUCAAAUUUAUUAUUAUCAUCUAACAAGUCAAGUAGUUUAUUCAUUUAUUUUGUGUGUUUUUUUGCGAAUGAAUUUAACACAUUCCAAAAAUCAAAGUGAAGAGAAUUUUUUUUUAUUUUUCGUCUAGGCAAUAAGGAGAAAUUAUCCAAGAAAAGUAUUUUUAUUGCCACAGGCCAUCUGUGUCGUGCACUCCACGUGUGUCAAUCACACACACACAUACGACUUGAUGCGCUUGUGAGCAAGCUCAAUAUUUACAAAUAGCAAUUCAAUGUUUCGCUUUUAAUCAAUUUAGUUUCGUGAUUAUUAUAGAUGAGAAAAAAAAAGAAAAAAAAAUCAUUUUUUGGAGUCAUUCAAUUCAUGAUAUAUCAUCUUUUUGUGAUGGAAUUAACGCAAACCGUUCAAGAAAAGAAUCGAAAAGAAAAUACAAUAUUGACGACAUUGAUCAGGAAGACAAUUUUUAUGACUGUGGAAUUCCACAUGGAAAACCUAUCGAACGAAUAUUAAUGAACGAAAAUGAAAUGAAAAAAAAAACAUACAAUAUGUGAAUGAAAAGAAAUUAUUCUAAUAAUAAAAAUAGACAACAGUAUUUUUGUUAAAAAUGCUCAAAAGCAAA